CUUGAACCUCCGAACAGUGCGGACCUACCCGGCGGCUCUCUCGCUCUUUCCUCUACCGCGCCCCACGCCACGGCAAGGUGUACAGUAGCGGCGGCAACAGUAUUGAACAGACACACACGCCCAUGGUCAGCACUCACCCGCCCUCCCCAUAGCUCUCAGGGAUGGUGUUGUACACGGGAGGACAGCGAGGUCGACCGGCGGGGCAGGCGGUAGUAACUGAGGUGGAGGAUGCCAUAGACGUGUACUUCAAGAGGUUGUGUGGCGGGGAGGAGGUGAUGAGGGCACACCUACGAGAGCCCAGCUGGCGCCAGACGACCACCCCCAGGAUCAACAGGUCCCGGCCCGUCAUACCUCCCCUACUGGAGCUACACCUUAUACAACUAGGCAACAAGCUGACCAUCGGUGAGGCGGAGGUGGCCCGGGUACGCUUCCGACGAGCUGCUGCUGCCGCCACACUGGGUCCUUCUUCAGGUGGGCCCCUGAACCAAGAGUACGUGUCUAGCCAGGACCCUGAGGGCAACACCGUACAGGGCCGCAUGACCUCCGUGCCCAGGGCCAGGUGCUGCAACUGUCCGGAAGCUGCCGCUGCUGACCUCGUGGUGGACCAGCUGGUGAGGAUGAUGAGGAAGGUCGUCCUUGAUAUUAUGGAGGACAACGCCACCUCCAGCCUCCUGAGGGCUCGUGUGUCCCGCCAGAGGUUGUCAGCGUCGCUACGUGAUGAACGGACUCGCUCUUCUUCCUCGUCGUCAAGUUCCUCCUCGUCCUCCUCCACGUCAUCAUCGUCGUCUGUGUCCAAGGUGGCCAUCAUCGCGGCCGUCAACAACAACACUACUGAUGUGCCUCACACAGAUGGCCCACCCUCAGUGGCCUCCUCCCCCUCCUGCUCUUCUCCCUCUUCCUUGUUUUCCUCUCCCUCCUCCACCUCCUCUACCUGCGAGGUCAAGAAGGAAGGUGGAGGUAGAGGCAGUGAGACACACCUGGCCUCUCCCAGUGUCGAGGACGAGGAGUCGAGUGCCUUCGUGUCGACAAGUGAGGUGGUGUCUCAGUCGACGCCGUCAGCGGGGACCUCCCACAUAAAACAUGUCGAACCCAUCUUUCUCCGCUGCCCUAAGAGAGUGGAGGAGAACCUGGCUGCCUCUCACUCCUUCGUCAGAUCCCGCGAGGAGGCGGGUCCUCACGCCCUUAGAGGCAUCCUGUCCCCUAACAAGAGGGCGGAAAGUCGCACCACCGCCGGAGAUGAACUUCAAGUCAGACUGAACGCCAUACUCCGCUCGAGUCGUCGUGAGAGUGACAUAUAUGGUAACUACUCGUCCUCGAGGCUACCUGAAGCGAGAUCCGUCGAGGAGGAGAUGGCGUCGUCGUCUCUCUCGGAGUCUGUCUCGUCUAGUCAGCUCAAUUACUGUGAUCGCCUGGAGGCCCCAAACUAUGACUCCUGGAGUUUGUACGAGGAGUCCUCGAGUCAGCAUUUGGCCCAGGUCAGCGACACAAAUGGGUACUCGGGUACAAACACCUCCAGUCCCAAGUUCCAACCCGAAGCUUCCAGUGGUCAGGACGCUACCUCUCCUACUCAGAAAAGUGAACAGUCUGAGUCCCACUCUACCGCACCUGAGCCCGAGGCUGACCUCCAACGACCUAACUCCUCCAUCUACCCCAAGACUCCACGUUGCUCCAUCUUCACUAUAAGUGGCACUCUGGCGGACCCCUUCGGCACCAGCGCCAAAUAUUCCCUCAGAAGCCUUUCAACAGCUCACUUCUAAUGUCAAGACGAGGUCCGAGCACCUCCCUCAGACACAUUAGUUGACCAUCGUGUACUGUAGCUCUACAGACAUAAGGAACUACUAAGUCGUGAUAUAGUGCCAUAGGAAGAGCAGUGUAGAUAAUGUUGUUAUUUUUGUAUUCAGCAUAAUCCAUGGUGUGUAGUGCUGGACGGUCCAGGGACGCCUCAACAAGAUGAACAACGGUAAUGAACAGCGAUCAUUUGCUCCCCUAAAAGCAGUCUGGCAGAAUCCACGCUUAUACGGGUAUACCAUGCACAUAUUGGCUCUUGCUCAUCAUGGUGUCCGCUAUUACCUACCACCACUGCCCUCCCACACAUCACUCACCAACUUAACAUUAACCAAACUGUUGUUUGAGGGUCAGUAGAAGACGCCAUAGUGGAUAAGGACCAAUUGCCGCACGUUAUACCCGUACACGCGUGGGUUUCGUUCUCUUGCUCGCCAGGACCACCCAGGUGUGAUCUCUUGGAUUCAUUUAUCUCAUGGUCAGCAUCAUAGGCUGACCCUCACACUGUCUUCUACAUAUCAGCUCCCAUAGGUCUAGCAGAGAUAGUCUCUCUUGACAAGUCACCUACAUGUCUGUCACUCCUCUGAAACACGUCACUCACGUCUCUGAGACACACACACAUGUCCCUAACCCACAUGUUUGUAACUCCUGUGUCACUCCUCUGAAACACGUCACUCAUACUUAAAUCCAACACCUUGUUAUCCCUCUGCCCUCACUACCAGACGCUCUCAACGAUGUAAACAUUAUCCUCCCACACCCUUACUUGCUUCUUGCCUCACUCACCAUAACACCUUCCCUUGCCUCACCCACCAUAACACCUUCCCUUGCCUCACCAUAACACCUUCCCUUGCCUCACUCUCCUCAACACUUCAUCUAUUUAGGUACACACAUUGCCUCACCUUCCCUCUAUUCAUAUCAACUCCCUGUGUAAACAACUCCACCUUUGUGUUGAUGUUUGUGUUUAUUGACGGGGUAUAUGAGGGACUCGACAGUUGCCUUGAGUGUGUGUGUGUGUGUAUGUGUGUGUGUGUGUGUGUGUGUGUGUGUGUGUGUGUGUGUGUGUGUGUGUGUGUGUGUGUUUAGUGUUUUGGUGUUAGCAUGAGACUGAUGUUUGGACCCAUAAACACACUCUUGACGUCUUUUUGACAUAUUGUACAUAUACACACGCACACACAUACAUUCCCCACAUAUUCACACACACACACACACACACACACACACACUCGCAAAACAAUACCCUGCCAACUUUGGGACGUGUGAUAUGACCUCUUGAUAACAGUUGUGUUUAAUUAGUUAGGGAAGAGUUUGUGAUGUACCUCCUUCCGCCAGACGUUAUUGUACUUGGAACUCAUUUUACAUCAGUUAUCCCUAGCGUCAAGCUCGUUUUCUGUUCCCAGGGAUAACUUCAGAAGAUCGCAAACAUGGCUUCUCUUUCUUUUCCUUUCUCUCCGGUUAUCUUGGUUUCAAAUCCUCCAUCUAGAAAGUAAAUUAAAUAUCCGGUUGUUGAAAUAUUUUAAGCUUUUCACCCGCCUGUUGGUUCAAAUGAAUUUUUCACGAUCCUUCAGACACAACGACCUCAGAGUUCCUUUGUAGUUACAUUAGUUCAUCUUCUUUAUGCUCUCCCACUUUAAAUUCUUUCAUGGGAGUUGGCAAUUCCGGCGUCGACUCAGCCGUCAAAAGUAUUAGCAUAUUGCAACAACUUCAGCUCUCUCUCUCUCUCUCUCUCUCAUUUGUUCCUAUUAUUUCUGAUUUUCAUUUAGCGUAACACAUCAUUAGUGCAUCCGUGAGUAAGAUCAUGGCGACUCUGCAUACUUAAAGACUCUUAAGUUAUUUAUAUACAGUAACUGGGAGGCUGAGA